AUGUCUGACAACGCCGAUAAGUCGCUCCUUGAGCGUGUUUCGUUCCCUUCCAUCCCCGAUGAGGCUCAGAAGAAGAUUGCCUACCUCCAAGAGGAGUUCCUUCGCUCAGAAGUUGACCAGAUGCGCCGCUCAAUCCCUGUCAAGGCCCCUCUCUUCGAGAAGCGCAAUGAGAUUAUUAACAUCCCCGAGGUCAAGGCUGACUUCUGGAUCCGCGUUUUCUCCUCUGCCCCUGCUGAAAUCGACGAGUACAUUCUUCCCUCCGACGCCGGCGUUCUGGGCGAGUCCCUGAAGGGCUUCACCGUUGAGCGCUUCGAGAUCAACGAGAAGGGAGAGGGCGAGCCCCGUAGCUUGCGUUUCAUCUUCGAGUUUGACGAGAACAACUCUUUCUUCGAGGACAAGAAGCUUGUCAAGGAAUUCUACUGGCGCCAGCAGGUCACCAAGACUGCUAGCGGCAAGUCCAAGCUCUGGGAGGGACUUGUCUCUGAGCCUGUCCGCAUCAACUGGAAGAAGGACAAGGAUGUUACUAAGGGAUUGCUCGAUGCUACCUGCGAUCUUUUCGAUGCCGAGAAGAAGGGCGGAGAGCGCAUCAAGCUGCCCGAGUACGAGAAGCUGAUCCAGAAGAUUGACGUUGCCGAGGCUGAAGCCGAGGGCCUAGAGGAAGAUGAGGAGCUGGACCAGUCUCCUUACGGUAUCAGUUUCUUCAACUUCUUCGGUUACCGCGGCCGUGAUGUCACCGCUGAGCAGUCCAAGGAAGCUGAAAAGUUUGGCGAGGAGCGCUGGGCCAAGAUCCAAAAGGGCGAGCCCGUCGACGAUGACGAGGAAGAUGAUGAAGACGAUGAGCUCACCAACGACCUGGAAAGCGCUGAGGCCUUCCCUGACUGCGAAGAUGUCGCCAUUGCCCUUGCCGAGGACCUCUGGGACGAUGCCAUGAAGUACUAUGUUCAGUCUUUCGAGCUCGGCGACCUCGAGGACCUCGACUUUGACGAGAUGGAAGAUAUCGAGGAGGAAGAUGAGGAUGAGGAGUCGCACCCUCGCAAGAAGGCCCGUGGCGGUAACUAA